UCAAAAGUCAAAACAAAAUACAAUCACAAAAGCUCUCUCUCGGACCAAAAUUAUAAAGUUUAUUUCACAAAUUUAUUGGAAACCAUAUAAUCCAGCAAUAACAAAAUCCUAUAACAUAAACUUAGACCAACAACAAAAUUAAAGCGAUGGAGGAAGAAGACAAAUUGCCACUAAAGAGGGUAGAAGUUUCGCUUUCAAAAUUCAAUGAAGUAGCUAUCCCACACCAUUUGGAUUUACUGAGACAACACAAAGCCAACAUUAUAAAGUAUGGCGAAUCUGAGUCGUGGUCGCGCGUGCGGGCGGAGCAGGCUCACGCGCGGCGCGUGGCGAACCAGCUGCGCGGGCUGCUGCGGGAGUUGGACGCGCUGCGGCGACGAGUGCGGCCGCAAGACCUCGACGCGUUCGACCGCGCCACGCGACGCGCGAGAGAGAACACACAUAAAGCUAUCAUGGAUUAUCUUGGUGUAAUAGAACGUAGCUGUAUAGAUCUAGUAAGGAUCGGACAAAAGCGAAGUCGACGCCUUGAGACGGCGCCCAUGUCAGUGCAGCGUACUAAUGACCAGACUGUGGCCGGUAGCGCCGUGUCGACAGAUUCCGUCGGCGUGGUCGGUCACGCCCACGAUGCAGAUAAUAAUGACCACGACGACCGCGAUCACGAUGCGCCGCGAGCGCUCGCUACCGGCGUCGUACAGUUGCAAAUCGAGGACCAGGAGCUGUCGCUGCGGGAGCGCGAGGCGACGCUGCGCGGCUGGAGCGAGCUGCAGGCGGAGGUGCGCGCGCUGCACGACGCCUGGCAGAGCGUGCAGGCCGCGGCGCUCGCGCAGCGCGAUCACGUGUCAUCGGCGAACGAUAACGUGGAAGUGGCGGCCGACAAUGUGAAGGAGGGGAGGACUCAGCUAGCGCUCGCAGAGAGGAUAGCGGCGGGUUCCGUGGGCGCGGGCGGCGCGGUGGUGGGCGCGCUGGUCGGCGGCCCGCUCGGGGCGCUGGUCGGGGCUAAGGUGGCGGCCGCCGCGGCGCUCGGCGGAGGCGCAUUGGGUUACCUCGCUGCGGCAGCCCUCGGCCGGCGCCGCGCUCAGCAAAUUGACCACGUCGUUGCGAAGAGCGAUCACGACACGAACUCCCGUGACCACGACCCAGAUACAAGUGACCACGACACCAAAAAAGACCGCUAGCGAUUACACUGCGUUUGCUUCUAAAGCGAGCGCGUUAAAUAACUCAAAUUGUAAAUAAAGACCGGAGUUUUGAAGCAAGUUAACUUACCACUUACUUAUUAUGUAAAAUGUUUACACAACAUAAUUCAAUAUUCAUACUUUUUAAAUCUGUCUUCGUCUUCCAAUUGACUGUUCCAAUGUGUAAGACAAAGACAGAAUGAUCUAUCAGAUUUUAUGUUGUGUUAAUAUUCUCAAUGGUUAUUGUACAAAUCAUCGCAACUAUUAUAAUAUUAUUGUACUAUGAAUAGUGUAUAUUUGUAAAAUGCAUAUAAACCAUAAAGUUAAUAUACCUAGCGGAAUAGAGCAACAAUCUCG